GAUUAUUCGUGCAAAGUGUCUACCACGUGAAGGAGAAGGACGCACGUUUUUAUCCUUGAGCAGGCUGAAAAGGUCAACAAUAACGUCGUUUACAUGUUUCUAGUCGGAUUAACCGGAGGGAUAGCCUCGGGAAAGACCACGGUAUCCUCUCAGCUGAGAGAGCUUGGUUGUCCUGUCAUCGACGCAGAUGUUGUAGCCAGGAAAGUGGUGGAGCCAAACACACCAGUGUACAGGCUGAUUGUGCAGCACUUUGGGCGGGAAGUGCUCCUGGAGAAUGGUGAGAUUGACAGGCAGAGGCUGGGCCAAAUCAUCUUCUCCAGCCCAGAGAAACGCAGACUGCUCAACUCCAUCACACACCCUGAGAUCCACAGGGUCAUGCUUAAACAGAUAUUGCUCUACUUCCUCCAAGGUUAUCGGUACGUGAUUUUGGAUGUGCCGUUGCUAUUCGAGACGCGUCAGCUCACCCGUUUCCUAACCCACACAGUGGUCGUCUACUGCGAUCCGGCCACGCAGCUGGCCCGUCUCAUGCAUAGAGACAGCCUUAGCCAACAGGAGGCUGAGCAACGCAUCGCUGCCCAGAUGCCGCUGAAUGAGAAGCGCGGCAUGGCCAGUCACGUGAUUGAGAACUCGGGCUCGCGCGAAGACACUCACCGCCAGGUCCUCCGGCUGCACACCAGGCUUGAGGACUCCAUGGAGUUCCUGUUCGUCCGGGCCUUUGCCGUGGCAGCUGUUGCCGGCCUGGGAGGCCUCUUCCUAUAUGCGGUUCGAUGGCUGGUGCUCUAGCUGCGCGGGUGGAACUAUUUUUUAAUGAGCUCAGAUGUGCCCUCCACGAUGGAGUCAAGGGCUUCCAUGCGAAAUAAUGAUCAGAGGAACAUGAAUACGAAUGUGGUAAACAUUUAAAAUGGGAUUUUCAAGGACUUUAAUUUUUUAAUGUAUGCAUAAGUUUUGUAGACUAUUAAACUUAAACUCCAUUUUAUAUCUCACAACCAGACAACCUCGAGCACAGGUUGUUGAACACAUGUACGUAGACCUCUGCAUGAAAGUGAUGAAAGUAAUUUUCCCAUUCUCGACCAUGAUUAUAUUUUAGGUUUUGUUAGGUGUGCCGACACCUGCCGGUCACUGUAUCAACUGAAUUACUUUUUGGCGUUACGAAUUAAAUCUGUCAGCCUACUUAGCAUUCAUUAGUUAGGGGUUUUAGCUGGCUGUGAUGGCUAGCUGGAAAGCUGCUUUUCCAUGACAUUUCAGAAAGAUGUCCAGGUACUGCUUUACUCUUAACUCCUUCAUCAGGGCCCCAUUUCCUAAAAUCAUUGUAGUGUUAAGAUCGUCUUAAAUGAGAGAGAGAGAGUUCCAUGUAAUACUUGCUACACCAUUUAAAGAGGAUGUUUGCUUCCAGGAUAGAUGGGCAAAUGUAUAUGGUUAUCUGAGUAACUCCCCAAAAAACAUUGCAUGCUGUUUCAAAGCUCAAGGUCCAACCAAUAUUUUGGUCUAUAGACUCACUGUUAGACAUUUAUUCUAAUAAAGAGUAGAGGCAGAAAAGGAGAUGAUCACCAUGACUUAAUGCAGUUCUUGUGUAAUAGGGUUGUCUUUUAACUCCCACGUUUUCUUAGCGGUUGGUGUGUUCCCAUUGGUUUAUGUUCUUCAUUAGUUCCUCUGUGUUGUGUUCUCCUACAGCUCCUACCGGGUUGUGUUUUUCCACACUGAUUUAGAAAAAUCUGCAGUCAGAAGAGGCCAACCUGGUUAGAAAAGAGAAUUAUAAAGGGGUUUCUAAUCUGAAAGACACCAAUUUUAUCCUUGUUUGCUCAAGUGCAGAAUUACCAUUAGGAAUUAUCAUGGAGUUUAAAGACACUUCAUACAGCAACAAUGUCCAUGCUGAUUUGACAGUGAAACUCAGUUGACCACUGGUCCAACAGAGCAUGGCUCAAUGCUGUCAGAGUUCAUUUGAUCUGCUGUGUAUUUGACCAUUUUGCAUUUCAGAAAUGUUGCAUUGUCCCUGAGAGCUGUUUUUACUCAUUCAGUAUGUGGCAUUAAUCAGUGUAGUUGUAUCAUCAUGAACUUUAAUGCGUGUAUAUGUGAUAUAUAUAAAUAUAAGUGCUGUAUAAAUCUUGAAUUUGAAUUUGAAUAUGUAUGGAUGGAUGGAUGUAUUAUAGCUAAUAUUUAUGCUUGAUAGGCUGUUGAGAUGUAUAACAGCUGGCAGCUUCUUUCUCUGUCCAUCUCUCGUUCUCUAAUAAACAGCUCUUACGCUAA